ACUUGAGCUCAGGAGCCGGUGCCUUGCUCCAGUCUCAGCUCUCCACCGGACCGGUAUGCACUAUCCGCCUCAGAGGAAGUGAUCCGCGGCGACCGAGAACGAUGCAGGCGGAGGACAUGGAGGUACCUAUCAUAAAUAACCUUAACGAUAACGGCGACAGACAGAGGCCGAAAGGGAAAGAUGUGUUCAAGGAUCUGCAGAAGGAGUCGGAGAGCUCCAUGGAGUCCCCUAACCUGGAGUUUGAGUACGGAGAUACAGACGUGCUGACUGCUGAGCUUUCAGAGCUCUACAGUUACACAGAAGAGCCGGAGUUUGCGCUGAACAGAGACUACUUUGAGGAGGACUUCAGGAGCCAUGCUCGAGACAGGAGGUGGAUCGAGCUGAAGGUGGAGGAGCAGAAAACCUAUGUGAUGAGGUUGUUGGAUGCGUUGGAGGUCACGGACAGAGAUAAGAGGCUGAAGGUGGCCAGGGCAAUCCUCUACUUGGCUCAGGGAGUGUUUGAUGAGUGUGACACUGAUGUGGAUGUGCUCCACUGGUCCAGACACAAUGUCUUUCUGCUCUACGACAUGGGAAUCUUCACAGCACUGCUGGAGCUGCUUACCAUGGAGAUAGACAAUAACCAGGCGUGCAGCAGUGCAGUGAGGAAGCCUGCCAUCUCUCUUGCAGACAGCACAGAGCUCAGAGUGCUACUGAGCAUCAUGUACCUGAUGGUGGAGACAGUUAGAGUUCAAACUGAGGAUGAUCGCCCAGAGUGGAGAGCAGCAAGAGAAGCCUUCAAGAAUGAGCUAGGUUCCCCUCUGUACAACGGAGAGCCCUUUGCCCUGCUCCUCUUCACCAUGGUGACCAAGUUCUGCAGCAUGAAUGCCCCACACUUCCCCAUGAAGAAAGUGCUGCUGCUGCUCUGGAAGACAAUACUGUUCACCUUGGGGGGGUUCGAGGAGCUCCAGGAGAUGAAUGUGCGGGGCCGGGAGCGUCUGAACCUGCCCCCGCUGCCGGAGGACAGCAUCAAGGUGGUGAGGGCGAUGAGAGCUGCCUCCCCUCCGGCCUCUGCCAUGGAGCUCAUCGAACAACAGCAGCAGCAGAAGAGAGGCCGCCGCAGCCGAAGGAGUGCCUUUGUUGAUAGCUUGGAAGGAGACAGUCCCUUUCCCAAGAAGCAGCCCCUGGUGAAACAGGACAGCCUGGACACGUACAACGAGCGGGACCCCUUCAAGAAUGACGACGCCCGGGAUGAGGAGGAGGACCCCGAGGACACAGACAGCGGCAUCGAGGGAGAGGUGGACCCCUUGGACCGCGAUGUCAUCAUCCAGCCCCCGCCUCCACCGCCGCCCCUCAGACCCCCCACAGAGAAGGUCAACUUACCCAAAGGUCUUCCCUGGGCCCCUAAAGUCAGGGAGAAAGACAUCGAGCACUUCCUCGAGACCAGCCGAAACAAGUUCAUCGGUUUCACUCUGGGGAAUGAUACAGACACCCUGGUGGGCCUGCCCAGACCAAUCCACGAGAGCGUGAAGACUCUCAAACAGCACAAAUAUGUUUCCAUCGCAGAAGUCCAGAUCCAAAAGGAGGACGAGCUGCAGCAGUGUCCAAUGACUCUGGGGGAGGAGGAUGUGGAGGACACGCCAACAGAGAUGCUGUACCUGGGCAUGCUUCCUAACCUCUCCCAGUAUGUGAUUGCCCUCCUGAAGCUGCUGCUGGCUGCAGCUCCCACCUCCAAAGCCAAAACGGACUCAAUAAACAUCUUGGCUGAUGUUCUGCCUGAGGAGAUGCCUAUCACAGUCCUUCAGAGCAUGAAGCUGGGAAUCGAUGUGAACCGCCACAAGGAAAUCAUCGUCAAGGCCAUCUCUGCUCUGCUGCUGCUGCUCCUCAAACACUUCAAACUCAACCAUAUUUACCAGUUCGAGAUUGUCUCCCAGCAUCUGGUGUUUGCCAACUGUAUCCCACUCAUCCUUAAGUUCUUCAACCAGAACAUCAUGUCCUAUAUCAGUGCCAAAAACAGCAUUUGUGUGCUGGACUUCCCCCACUGCGUGGUCCAUGAAAUGCCUGAGCUCACCGCAGAGAGCCUGGAAGCAGGAGACAGCAACCAGUUCUGCUGGAGGAACCUGUUUUCAUGCAUCAAUCUGCUGAGAAUAUUAAACAAGCUGACCAAGUGGAAACACUCCAGGACGAUGAUGCUGGUGGUGUUCAAGUCCGCCCCCAUCCUGAAGAGAGCUCUGAAGGUGAAGCAGGCCAUGAUGCAGCUCUACGUCCUCAAGCUGCUGAAGAUCCAGACCAAGUACCUGGGCCGCCAGUGGAGGAAGAGCAACAUGAAGACCAUGUCGGCCAUCUAUCAGAAGGUCCGCCACAGGCUCAAUGACGACUGGGCCUACGGAAACGAUAUCGACGCUCGUCCCUGGGACUUCCAGGCGGAGGAGUGCGCCCUGCGGGAGAGCAUUGAGAAGUUCAACAGCCGCCGCUACGACAAGAACAAGAACGGGGAGUUUGCGCCCGUUGACAACUGUCUGCAGAGCGUGCUGGGCCAGCGGGUGGAGCUGCCCGAGGACUUCCACUACAGCUACGAGAUGUGGCUGGAGAGAGAGGUCUUCUCACAGCCCAUCCAGUGGGAGGGGCUGCUGCAGUAUGGAGGGCAGGGAGCGAAGGGUGGGAUGUAGAGAGAGGUCAAGCCUAUUGGAAUGGUUUUAAGGUGUUUCCUUAGUGCAAAAAAUGGAAGUUGAAGGAGGAUGGGGGUUAUACUUCACAUGAGUGAUGGGGGAAUGGGGGAGGGUGAAGAAGCUGGAGAUGGAGAAGCCACCUCCCAGGCUAUGCAGGGAUGACAGAAAAUGGAAGAUGAAGGGAAGCAAAUUUGACGAACGAAUGGAGCGUCCUACUGUGAGCCAAACACACACAGACACACACUCGAUGUUAACAUGUGCCUACGACUACUGUGAACACACAUGGACAGGCAAGAGCAGAGGUAGCAGCUAAUAAGAAGUAGCAGGACAUGGCCAGUUAUACUACCCCCCACCCCCCCCCCCCCCCCCCCACCUGAAAAAACAAUGUCACCACUUUGUCAAUUUGUAUGUCCCCCUUUUUAAAACGUUGGUGCUUUUUUGGACGGUCUUUUCCUAUUUAUUUGUGAGGCGUUGAAAUUCUUAUUUUUUUCAAAUUAAGAUGAUUUAUAAUCCGUUUGUUUUUUUAAUUAUUUUUUACACAAAGCCUACUUUAGGUUUCGGGGUGUAGUUGAUGGAUUUUUCUUAAGCAUUUUCUAGAAAAAUAUAAGGGCCUUUUGGGAAGAAAAACCACAGGGUGAUUUUCAUGGUUUAAACGUACAAGUCGGAUCUAUUUCCACCAAUGGCAUAGUGAUUUUACAUAAUAUGUCAAGAGAAUAUACCAGCUGUAUUGUUUGUUUGUUCGUGAAUGUAAAAAUGAUGUAGCAGGAGAAAGAAAAAAGCUACAUGAAAAUAGGAAGAAGUUGUGAUAUAGAAGGAAUCUGAUAUCUUUUUCAAAUAGAAACCGAUAUAGAAUCGUUAAUAUUCCAGGACUUUUAGGGACUUCAAAAUCCAGAAAUCACACAUUUAUAUCCCUGAUGUCAUCCAGCAUUUAUUCCUAUUCACAUUUCAAACCUAAGAGCAGUUAUGGUCCCAUAGAGAAAACAGAGGGGUGUUUUUGUGCACCAAAAAACGUUGUCUCCACUUUCUAAAAAUACUCUUUAAAAAUCUUCAGAUAAAUUGGAAAUUCCCGUUUUUGUGUCGCCUGUCAAAGGUCAUUUCUGAGUAUGGGGGACAUACCACUGAGUUUUUAUGAUGAAAUGAUCAGAAUAACUAACAAUCGUGACUCCACCCCCCCCCUCUGACCAACAGCACAAUUACCCACAGUCCUCCUCGGUGGUGGCCUUGGUGAGCACUUUGCCACCCUUUGCUUAGAAGAACACAGCUGUCACAAUAAUGGUGCUGGUUUUUUUUCUCAUUCGUCUUCACUGUCGCUCACAUCCAACUACCUAAAGCGGGGCCCCAGAGUUGGGAGCUCCUGUAAAUGUCUGAAAACUGAAGCACAUAAAACAAAAAAGCGUGGUCACCUUCUUUUCAUAUCACUCACACUCAGAUUGAAGAGCAGUCAUUUAUUAACUCUGUAUAGAACAAUAGUUUUGUCUUUCUGUGGAAAUGUGCAUGGCCACUUUUUUUGUACCUGGUCACAUUUUAAUUUGUGGAAUGGCUUUAUUUUUUUUCCCAGCACAAAUAGAAAAGUGUACUUGUUUCCUCUUCUGCAUUGCAAGAGAGUUUUUCUUCUUCUUCUUCUUCUUCUUCUUCUUCUUCUUCUUCUCGUAUAAAAAUAAUAUUGUGUUCUUAAUAGAUUCUCAGGUUUCCGGAGAUAAUAUAUUGCAAAGGUUUUUAAGCUUCCUUGCCAUCAUCUAGCUCAUUACCUGUAGUGAUGAAGACACUUUGAUAAUCACAUUCUUAUAUAAAAACACCUGAAGCAUUAAACGUAUACUGCACAGGCUGGUCAACACAACAACUCAUCGUAAGUUUGUAUUCACGUCAGGAACGUUUCAUGUUGGGAUGUAUUUUUUUGUAUCUUGUGCCAAAUUUCAGUGCCAUUUUGUAUAUUGUAUUUCAUCGUUGUUGCCUCCAUGAUUAUAUUUUUUAUCAUUCAAUUAACCACUGAAGGUUUGCAAUACAAAACUGUUUUUUUUCUACAGGAGAAUUGUAAAAUCAAUGAAAGUAGAUGUUUCUUGUAUCUGGUUCAGUAUUUUAACAGGGGUGUUACGCAUUGUAUGGGUGUUGCUACAGUAUCUAAGUGUUUUUUUUUUGUUACUCACAUUUCCAUAUCUGUAUAGUCUAUAAAAAAUAAAUGAAAUACUGGAUCUGUUCUGGGGUAUGUGCAAUGACAGAUUCAUAGAGGCAUUAUUUAAUAGAAUGAAGUACAAUAUUAAAUAAUGUUGAAGAGU